AUGCCCGCAAAACUAGUCCCAGACUACGAGGUGAAGCUCCUUCUGAAGCUGUCAGAAGUACUUGGAUCAAACAAUAAGCUCAGCAACGCGAUCGUGUCAGAGUUCGAUAUCGCUUCGAGCACGAAGAAGAUGAACGUCCAAUUUAUUGACACUAAGGAUCAAGACAUCUACACCAGCGGCUGGAACCUCCGCAUCCGCAAGGAAGAAGGAGAAAAUAACUUUGAGCUAACGUACAAGAAGCGCUAUUCGAUUGGCGAGGAGUAUUCUAGUACCGCCGGAGGUCAUAUCGAUACAGCGCUCGAGACAGCGCAACAAGAGGGAUUCGACACUACAACAGAGUACAAGGCGCAAGUUGAAGUAGGAUACCAGAAGCAAACUCUCUCCAUCAGCUACGAUGUUGAAGUUCCCGACGAAGGAUCGGAGGGAAUGGACUUGCCCAAUGCGAAAGUCUCACGCGAUCUCCUUACCGACGGUGCGCCCAAAGAAUUCGAGAAUUGGAAUGCUCCAAACUGGGGUGGGAACCACCUCGUAACGUCCAUAGUUUAUGGACCGGUACACGCAAAGCGAUUCAAAGGCAAUUGGGACGACGGACUCAAGCUCUCUAUCGAAGUUUGGCCAAUUCGGAAGAGCAAGGAGGAUGCGACCCUUGAGCCUAUUGUUGAAGCGUCUUUCAAGACGUCUGACCUCCAGAAGGCGCUGAAGGCGCGUGAGAAAAUUGUGGAAUUGCUACAAAAGAAAGGCUGGUUUUUGGCCAAGGAUUCCCUGAAGACGAAGCUCAUCAUGGAGCGAUACGGAUGUUUGGGCGAGUAA